AUGGACGCGAUCGAGCUUCCCUUUGAUCUGGUCGAGUUGAUCGUACUCGCACUCGAGGAUCAACAGAGCCAGGCUUUCAUUCACUCGGCUUGCAACACCUUUUUCGCGCCAACUGCCAAAUCCACGAGCGCGAACUCGUCGACCACGGGGACGGAGGCAUAUUUUGUAGCAGUUCGACAGGAACCAUCAGGAUGCUGGCCCCUCCUACCUCAAGGAUGGAGGGACUACUUUGAAGCUGUCGACCCAGCCCAGAGGGGCCAAAUACUCCAAGACCUCGCAGAUGGCAAACUGCGGGUGAGCAUCGCUCGGCGGCGGCCUAGCUUCCACCGAGAGCUCAUCAUUGCGUCGAGUCCAAUCGCUACAGGAUGAUUACCCGCCGUGUCUCUCAUCGUAUCUCGACUCGUGCCGACGCCUUUCGUUCGAUCGCACAUGUUCCCCGAUCCCGAUCUUGGCCCAUCCACCGCGGUCACCGUCGGGGUACGGACAGGCAGGUCACGUGCCAAUCGACAUCGGUGCGGGUGACGCCCCUGACUUCAAGUUCAACCCAUCGAUCGGCACCAAGGGAAAGAAACUACGACAGGGACAGAAUCCCAAGAAAUCCCACGAGGUCGAUCGCUUCUCCCAUCUCGUUCAAGAGAUCAGAUCGACCAGGCCUGGGAUCACGAACAUCAUCGACGUCGGCUCCGGAAGGGUGAGCUCUUGUGAGCGCUCGUCUCACGCCCGCUUGAUCAGAGAGCUGACGCAGCGAUCGUAUCAUAUGCUCAUGUAGGGACAUCUAUCACGUGUACUCACGCUCCCCCCCCUGAAGCUCGAUGUUCUCGCCGUCGAUUGGUCGUCACAGCAGAUCUCGGGAUCCGAAUAUCUCGAGACCCUCGGCAAAGCACGUUCGGCUCCUAACCAAACCGAAGUCCAGCCAUCCGUUGAUACACCGGCAACGAGCCCAGUUCCCGACAAAGGCACUUUGACGCAUCUCACAUCUUCAUUGGACGCCCCGUCGAUCGCGCAACUCUACACCCUGCCCCAGGCUGCCGAAAAUGCCGAGCCACCAGCACGAGACGUCGAGCCAGCAAUGUUGGUCACAUUGCAUGGAUGCGGCGACUUGACCAUCUCUGCACUCCAAGGUCUCUUCCUAGCUCCUUGCCCACUCCCGACUGCGAUCCUUGUUGGCUGCUGCUACAAUCUGCAAACGCCUUCCUCGUUUCCGCUUUCUGAUUUUGUCGCUCGAGCGCUCGGCACCACCUCACUAGGGUCAGAAACGAAGGAACCAAUGACACGGUCACAUCUCAGGAUCUCACCUCAAUCUCCUGGGUUGUGGUACCUCACCCCCACGAGUCAACAAGAGCUCAAGGAAUCGAUCGUCAAACUGGGCUAUCGAGCACGACUCGAAGCCGAACUAGCGGCCCAAGGUCUAGGCUCCGAAGGGCAACGUCGUGUAGGAAGGGUGUCCAAGUCGCAAGACUUUGACGACUAUCGUCUCAAAGCUUUGAGCAAAUACGGCGAAACGGAGGUCCCUCGCUUGAGAUUCGGGUCCGACGAGAUGGGCGAGGAAAAGGCCUGGAUCGAGGCGUUGUACCAGUUGCAGGUGUUUUGGACGUUGAGGUGUCAUCUGGGUCCUGUUCUGGAGACGUUGUUGGUCUUGGAUAGGUUCGCAUUCUUGGUUGAACGGUUGGGGGAGGUUGAGCAGGAGCAGGAGCAGGGUUCGUCGAGGAGGUCAUUGGUGUUGGAGUUGAGAAAUUUGUUCGAUCAGAGCUCGGGGAGCGUGAGGAAUAUGGCGCUGGUGUUGAGGUAG